UCCCACAGGGGCAAAACCCUUUCGACCUGGAGUUCGACCAGUCCAACCACCUGGAGCCCGUCUUCAACUUCGAGUGCCCGCCCCGUCCCGACAUGCCUUCAAGUCAACCCAUUGACAUCCCUGACGCCAAGAAAAGGAACAAGAAGAAGAAGCGCUGCAGAGCCACCGACAGCUUCUCCGGCAGGUUCGAAGAUGUUUACCAGCUGCAGGAGGAGGUGCUGGGAGAAGGGGCCCACGCCAGAGUCCAGUCCUGCGUGAACCUCAUCACCAACAAGGAGUACGCGGUGAAGAUCAUCGAGAAGCGCCUGGGACACAUCCGGAGCAGGGUUUUCCGGGAGGUGGAGAUGCUCUAUCAGUGCCAGGGACACAGAAACGUCCUGGAGCUGAUUGAGUUCUUCGAGGAGGAGGAGAGGUUUUACCUGGUGUUUGAGAAGAUGAGGGGAGGCUCCAUCCUGACCCACAUCCACCGGAGACGCCACUUCAACGAGCUGGAGGCCAGCGUGGUGGUGCAGGAUAUCGCCAGUGCCCUGCACUUUCUGCACAACAAAGGGAUUGCACACAGGGAUCUGAAACCAGAAAAUAUCCUGUGUGAGAGCCCGGACCAGGUCUCGCCAGUGAAGAUCUGUGACUUUGACCUGGGAAGUGGCAUCAAACUGAACGGCGACUGCUCCCCCAUCUCCACUCCAGAGCUGCUCACCCCGGUAAGUGUGCGAUACAUGGCCCCGGAGGUGGUGGAAGCCUUCAACGAGGAGGCCUCCAUCUACGACAAGCGCUGUGACCUGUGGAGCCUGGGUGUCAUCCUGUACAUCAUGCUGAGCGGGUACCCCCCCUUCGUGGGCCACUGCGGCUCCGACUGUGGCUGGGACCGGGGCGAGGCGUGCCACACCUGCCAGAACAUGCUUUUUGAGAGCAUCCAGGAGGGGAAGUAUGAGUUUCCUGACAAGGACUGGGCACACAUCUCCUUUGGAGCCAAAGACCUCAUUUCCAAGCUGCUGGUGAGAGAUGCCAAGAAGCGGCUCAGCGCAGCCCAGGUCCUGGAGCACCCCUGGGUGCAGGGGUGUGCUCCGGAUAACACCCUGCCAACCCCCAUCAUCCUGCAGAGGAACAGCAGUGCCAAAGAGCUCACCUCCUUUGCUGCUGAGGCCAUCGCUGUCAACCGCCAGCUGACCCGGCACGACGAGGACGAGGAGGAAGAGGCGGAGGAGGAAGCACGACCCAUCAUCAUCAAAGCUACCUCACGGGCCAUGCAGCUCUCCCCCCCCUCCGAGUCCAAGCUGGCCAAGCGGCGGCAGAAGAGCAGCCUGGCCAAGGCAGUGGCCUCUGGGCAGCACCUGGUGGCCCCGCUGGUCCUGGUGGCCGACCAAGCCUGAGCGGUGCCCCUCGCACCUGCUGUACCCCCUGUCCCCCCUUCUCCUCCUUUCUUUCUUCCCCUUCCCCCCCCGGCCCCACCGUUUCUGGCUAGUGACAAGAUCAGGACUCGUCCCUGUGGCUGGUUUCCAAGGUUUUGCUGAUCUUGUAGGUCUGCGGGUGGGAGGGUUUGUUUAAA